GGCAAGACAUCUGGAGCUUCCAGAGUUGCCAGCCUCCUAUAGAACAGAUUUGCUGGCUGGUGUCCCCAUCUGGGCUCAGGGUAUCUGGUCAGGAAUGCCUUGUAACUUGGGAGUCACUGUUAGGGGGUCACAGGGAAAUGUUUGUGUCCCUGGUUUCCCUCCUGUCUGACACUGCCAUCAGCUUUAGUCUUCCUGUAAUGGCUGCCCUCCCUGCCUGUGCAAGUUCCCAGCCAGAAGUCCUCUGCUCUGUCUGCUGAGGAAGUGGCAGAUGCCACAGAACUGUCAUUCUGGCCACAGGCACCCUCUAACUCUGUCCUGCCCCAUUCUUCCCUGGGCUAUAAAGACAAACCAGCCAGGCUGAUGCUGCCACAGCUGGGGAGCCACAGGUAAGAUGUGUACAUGCAGAUGUUGCAAGACUGGCUGGCCCACCAACCAGGACGUCAUCUUGCAGUAAGAAGGCCAAAGGAAAGGUACAGCAGGUUGCAGGUGUCUCCUCGUAGCCCUUCUGCACGGGGACUCUGCAAGGCUUGUGCUGACUCAGCAAAGGCAGCAGUUGCUCAGGCUGGCUGUCACUCGGUGUGUGGCCUCAGGCAAGUUACUCAAGUUAUCAGCCUUGAUUUCCUCAUCGCUGAACUGUCAAUGAGAAAAGAGGGCAGAAUCAGGCUGUAUGAGCUUAGAGCUGCCUGGGCCACAACCACGGUGGGCAUGGAGCCAGGUGCCAAAGGUCUCGUGGAUGUAUUUCCAUGUGUACUGUGUGACACCCCCACCCCCAAACAGCAUUCCUCAGCUGGGUUACAGCAUUCUUACCCAAGGUGACAUUACACAGGUGACAAGAUACUUCCAUAAUUUGUAUUCAUGCAAAGCCCCAAUACUGGCCUCCAACAAGGCAGGUCAGGUGGGGUAGGGCAAAGCCACUGGGCAGGAAGCAACCCUUUAAAGCAUGUGACCUCCCUGGGGAGCAUACUGGGGGCCUGCCGCCUACACUCAUGACAAACAGUGAGACUGGAUAUGGAGCCCUUGUGGCCUGCUGCCUAAAAUGUCUGUUGUGUGGGGCUUCACUCUCCAGCCUUGGAGAGCAGUCAGGGAAGGCCUCCAGGAGGAAGCAGCUACCUGUGGCAGGGCAGAGCAGUGGUAAGGGGUGCCCAGAAGGGCCUCAUCUGAAGAACUGCACUUCAGGGAUUAAAGGCAAGCAAGAACAAAUGGUGUGGAGUUGCCCAGACUAGACUCAAGGGAACAACAGAAUUGGUGGACACAGCCAGGGAGGGUCCAGGCGGUGUGAAGAUCGAGAGAAGAAAGUGAGCUUUAGAAAUAUUUCUGAGUGAUAACAGCAGUUGCCUUAGCACACGCAAGGCCCUGGGUUGAUCCCAGUUUUACAAGAGAGGCAAAUGUGCCACUCAGAAUGGCAGCCAGUUGAGCAAUGUGGAAAGAGAAGGGGCCAAGGCUGUGCACUCCCCUCCUCACGGUACACAGCUGGCUGGGAAUGGGGGAGAGUUCGGAGCUCAUGACUCAGGGUGUCCACCCUGUGGUCAGACACUCAGAUCCGGCUGAUCCAGGUGCAUGUGCAAGAGGAGGUCCUUGCCCUGCACCCCAUCCCCGACCCCACUGGCCUCAAGCUCCCCAUAGGCAGCCUGUACCAGUCUCCCCGGAACUUCAGAACUGCGGUGGCCAUGGAGUCUGUGGAGCCCCCGGUCAAAGACGGCAUCCUCUACCAGCAGCACGUAAAGUUUGGCAAGAAAUGCUGGCGCAAAGUGUGGGCUCUGCUGUAUGCGGGAGGCCCAUCAGGGGUAGCUCGGCUAGAAAGCUGGGACGUGCGUGAUGGUGGCCUGGGACCAGCAGGCGACAGGUCCACAGGGCCCAGCCGUCGAGGGGAACGCCGGGUCAUACGCUUGGCUGACUGUGUAUCUGUCCUGCCUGCGGAUGGCGAGAGCUGUCCCAGGGACACUGGUGCCUUCCUGAUUACCACCACUGAGCGAAGCCACCUGUUGGCUGCACAGCACCGCCAGUCCUGGGUGGACCCCAUCUGUCAGCUGGCCUUCCCGGGUACCGGAGAAUGUUCGUCAGGAUCAGGACAGGCUGAGAGUCCAAAAAGGGGCUUUGUUCCCAUGGAGGAAAACUCUAUCUACUCCUCCUGGCAGGAAGUGACCGAGUUUCCGGUGAUCGUGCAGAGGACAGAGGCCACCUCCCGCUGCCAGCUGAAAGGACCCUACCUCCUGGUGCUGGGCCAAGAUGACAUCCAACUGAGGGAGACAUCCAAGCCCCAGGCCUGUUUUAGCUGGCCCUACCGUUUCCUGCGCAAGUACGGCUCUGACAAGGGUGUGUUCUCGUUUGAGGCUGGCCGCCGCUGUGACUCAGGUGAGGGCCUUUUUGCCUUCAGUAGCCCGCGUGCCCCAGACAUAUGUGGGGUUGUGGCUGCCGCCAUUGCCCGCCAGCGGGAGCGUCUUCCAGAGCUGGCCAUGUCCCCACCCUGCCCCCUGCCUCGGGCCCUCUCCCUGCCCUCCCUAGAGCCCCCUGGAGAGCUUCGGGAGGUGGCCCCAGGAUUUGAGCUGCCCACUCCCAGAAAGCUGCCUCUAACUGAUCCCGGGCCUCAAAGCCUACCACUGCUGCUCAGCCCCACACAAGAAGGACCGGCAUCCGGUCUCUAUGCGUCCGUGUGCAAGCAGACCAGCAAGCACACAGGCACGGCGGAGCAUCUCUAUGAGAACGUGUGCAUGCUGGAGGCCAGCCCUGGGCUGACCAAUGGGGGUCCUGAAGCCCAAGAGGGCCCCCCUGGUGGCCGCAGCCCCCUGGGCAGCCCUAUCUACCAUAACACUGAGGAUCUGAGUUGGCCGGGCUCGGCCCAGGACAGCAAUCUGGAAGCCCAGUACCGGAGGCUGCUGGAACUGGAGCUGGAUGAGGCCGGAAGCGCCGGCCGCUCUGGAGCGCAGGCAGGCAUCAAGGCCAAGCUGGUGACCCUGCUGACCCGUGAACGGAAGAAGGGCCCCGCCCCCUGUGACCGGCCCUGAAGGCCUGAGCGGCCAGCCACUGCAGGACAGAGGUGAUCACCCAAGACCAGGAACAACUUCGAACAUAACCCGUCUACUCUGACCUGCAGGGACAAGCCAGGUGGCCCGGGGAGGAGCCACACUCUGCCCUACCUCCUCCCUCAGACUGUACAGAUUGAACAGUAAUAAAGCUUGCCUAUCAACUUCCCCUC